AUGUUUCGCAUCCUCGAAUCCCAAGCUCCAGCGCGGCAGACGGCGACGGACACAAUAAAUACACUGAGCAGCCGGCUGCAGAGUGCGACGCUUUUGGAAGACCGCCGAGCAGCCAUACUUGGGCUACGGAGCUUCGCCAAGGGAUAUCCUGCCUCCGUUGCGUCGGAGGCAUUGAGGCCCUUGAUCACUUCCCUCCGUAAUGAUGUGGAGGACGUUGAUACUAUCAAGCUGGUCCUGGAGACUUUGUUGAUGCUUUUUUCUCCCGAGGAGAAUAGUCCAGAAGCGUCCGAUGAACUAGCACUGUGGCUAGCGGAUGAGUUUACUCAGAGACAAGACAAUAUCACAAUCCUGCUUGACCUUCUAGACACGAAGGAAUUUUACUCCAGACUCUACUCCCUCCAACUAAUAUCUCAGAUUUCCACGGCUCGCCCAGAGAGAACACAAGAAUGCAUUCUGACGGCACCUUUAGGCAUAUCUAGGAUUGCUGCUGUAUUGAGUGAUUCAAGGGAACCAGCUCGUAAUGAGGCACUUCUUCUUCUCAUUGCACUCACGAUCUCUUCUGCCGAGUUGCAGAAAGUAGUGGCUUUUGAAAAUGCUUUUGAGCGGAUCUUUUCCCUAAUCGAAGCGGAGGGGUCUUUAAAGCAUGGAUCUAGGACAUUAGAGGAUUGUUUAGCUCUGCUAGGGAACCUCCUGCAGUUAAACCCUUCAAACCAAUCAUUUUUCAGGGAGACAGGUUGCGUGAAAAAGCUGGUAUUACUUUUGGAAGACGCAAUGAGGGACCCUAAGCCUGAUGAAGAGUUUCCGGUCUGGAUGCUAGAGCAACGCAAUAAGAAUAUCUGGGGAAUUCUUGCCAUUAUCCAGCUAUUUCUUGUCAAGCGUGGUAUCAGUACCCCGGUGAACCAGGCAACCUUUUGGCAGAGUGGCACUAUGCAACAGUUACUCAGGGCUGCUUUUAAAGAAGACUUUGACGUUUCUCUCAAAUCUAAGGCUCUCCUUGCUGCUUCAGACCUGAUCUGUUCAAAUGCAACACUCCAGGAAAAGUUUUCGGAUAUGGAGGUUACCAUUACAUCUACCCCGGUUGAUCAAAGGCUGGUCAAUGGAAAUGCGCCGGUCCAAAACGUUGAAAGACUCAACGUCCUGGAAGCAUUGCUGCGUCUAACUUUGCAGCAAGGCCCCGUAAACAUGCUGGAUGCACGUCUCGCGUCCUGUGACUGCGUCCAGGCUUUCUUUACGAAUCAUUCAGGAAUCAAACUUCACUUCCUGAACAGAGCAAUAAGCGGCCACACGGGCGGUGGUGAUGAGAUUCCAAAUAUAUUUUCUAUCCUUAUCCGGCCGCUGGAUUUCGAUGCUACGAAAGAUCCUUACCAGCUAUGGCUAGCCUCUGUCCUGCUAUUUCAUCUGAUAUAUGAAGACCCUGAAGCUAAGGCCGCCGCAAUGAAAAUUACCGAGGGUGACGCUGAAAGCGGGGAAGAAGUAGUAACGUGUGUACAGGCAGUGGCUGGUAAUUUGAUCACGGGUAUCCAGCGGAAUGAUGACGAGAGAAUAUCGGUUGGAUACUUGACUUUACUCUGUGGCUGGCUAUUUGAAGACCCAGACGUGGUUAAUGAUUUCUUGGGCGAGGGUAGCAGUGUUCAAAGCCUGAUCCAAGAGGCCAAACAGGAGGGCUCCCCGGACUCUCUGCUUCCGGGGCUAUGUGCUGUUCUUCUUGGGAUUAUCUACGAAUUUUCAACAAAGGACUCCCCCAUUCCCCGGUCAACUCUUCAUCAACUGCUAGUUAGCAGGCUAGGAAGAGAACAGUACAUUGACAAGAUCACGAGGCUUCGAGAGCACCCGUUGGUUCGUGACUUUGAAGUUCUGCCACAAACAGUUCAAGGGCAACAGGACUCUGGACUUCCUGACAUCUUCUUUAAAAAGACCUUUGUGGAUUUUCUGAAGGACAAUUUCAGCCGAUUAAUUCGAGCUAUCGACCGCGAUCCUGGUAUGGAGGUGCCUGUGAUGGCAAAUGGAGUCCCCAAGGGAAUAUCACGCGAACUAGUGGAUAGCCUGAGGGCUCAAGCUGAAGAACGGAUCCAGGCUAUUCAGAACCUGGAGUCAGAGAUGCUGGAUCUCCAGCGUAAGCUAGAUCAAGAGCACAUGGACCACAAGCGAACCAAGGAUUCAAGCAAUCAUGAGCUACAUAGGGUGAACCAGGCCAAUGAGUCCAUGCAAAAGACGCACCAGGCUGAACUCUCCAGGUUGGAGGAGCAACACACUUUAACCAGAAGUGAACUUGUCAGGAACUAUGAUGAGCAGCUGCAUGCUCUCGAUAACAAACUGAAGCAAUCUACCAACGAGAAUGAAAGGCGUACUGCCAAGCUUAAAGAAAUGCAUGAGAGCGAAGUUACAGAGUUGAAGCAAACCGUGCAGAAACUAGAAGCCAGCCUUGCAAAGGCCAACAAGGACCACAUCCUGGACCUCCAGACCGCACACGAAGAGUACACGGUGAAGCUGUCUGAUCUAGAAGCAAAGAAUCGACGAGCGGAGGAAAAGGCACAGGAGGCACAGCAACACAACAAGUCGCUAGAGAAGAGCCUGAAGGAAGCUCGGGAACGAGCCGAGAAGCUGCAAAAAUCCAGCGAGGAGAGUGAAGCUGCUCGAAAAUCAGCACAGAACGAACUGGAAGAUUUGUUGAUAGUGUUCAGCGACCUCGAGGCAAAAAGGAAAGCAGACAAGAAGCGGCUUGAAGCACUGGGCGAAGAAGUAUCCGACAUCGACGACGAGGACGAUGAUGACGAUGAUGAGGAUGAAGACGAAGACGAAGUGGACGCGGAAUGA